AUGCUGCACGACCUGCACAAACUGCACAAUCUGCACGACGCAUCCAUACCCCCCGUUCGCAUCCAGAGCCCACCGCCAUUGGCGAACCAGGAGAACAUCCGAGGAGAAGAUCCACUCGUCGCCCAAUAUCCCACGCCGACACCCACGCUCGCCCACGUCGGACCGCCCAAUAGCAACGGCAACACGACGCACCGAGCCUGA